AUGAUGAUCUCAGGAAUUCCCAGACGCAUCCAUGCCCUUGGAACAAAAUGUGGAAUUUCCAAAGUGAUCUCUAAGAAGACUUUGAUGGAUCCGAGCAAAGGGUACGUCGUAGGCGACAGCUGUGUGUUUGGGGCUGAUGUUUUUGUUAUCAAGAAGGAACAACUUAUUAGUGAGUGUCUGAGGUUGGUGGAACACACGACUCCGACAAAGCGCAAAUGGACGAUUCCCAACUUUUCCAAGUUAGGGGAUGUUUGGGGUUCGGAAGAGUUUUCCGUUGAAAAAUACAAAUGGAAAGUUAACCUUCAUCCAAAGGGAGUUGUUUCAUUGCCAAAAGGCAGCUACAUGUCCUUGUUUCUUGAGCCAAAGGGCUUCCCACCUCAUCGUAGAGUGAAGGCAGAGGUUUUGAUGCGCAUCGUAUCCAUACUCAAUGGCUUUAAUCAUUGGUUUACAGCUUCUGGCGGAGAACAAGGAUUUCCUGAAUUUAUAAAAAUUGCUGAUAUGGAUGCUGGAGGCUUCCUUCAUCGCGACUGUUGUUUUGUGGAUGUUGAAAUCACGGUGCAAGCUGUUGCGAAAGCUAGUAUCUAG